CGGACCUUCUUAUUUCUGCUCCGUGAUUCAUAUCGUCACACCGGGAAGCAACAGAAAUCAAACAUCCGAUCCUCAUCCUGACUUACUGCGCUCAGCCAACGCGUUAAAAGUCAUGGACAAACUUAAAUCAGUUUUGAGCGGAACGGAUGGACCCAACGAAAAUGGCAACAUCUUGCAGGCAGCGAAUGAAGCAUCUACUUUGGGUUGGGGUACACGAGUGAAGGGAUUUAUGAUCUGUUUUGUGAUUGGGGUCACCUGCUCAAUCUUGGGAGUCUGUAUGCUCUUCAUCCCCAAAGUAGGAAUCCUCCUCUUCAUCAUCUUUUAUACCUUUGGAAACAUCUGUUCACUCUGCAGCACCAUGUUCCUGAUGGGACCAGUCAAACAGCUGAAGAGGAUGUGUGACAAGACCAGAGCUCUGGCCACUACUAUCAUGUUGACAUGUCUUGUGUUGACUCUCUGUGCAGCCUUCUGGGUGAGUUAAGCCUAUAUUUUGUU